AUGGCGUUACGGAUGAGAAUACUCACUCUUCUACUGGUGGCUUUGUAUGGUUGCGCUGCAGCUUCCGGCAGUGAUGACAUGCGAGCGCAACAACGCAUCAUUGGUGGUGUGCGAGCGUUGGCCGGUGAGUUUCCGGCGAUGGUGUCCAUCCAACGGCUAAUACUCAUCAGUGCCAGCCACGUGUGCGGUGGAACCGUGCUGAACCAGUUCCAUGUGCUGACCGCGGCCCAAUGCUUCUUCACCAACCAGAACAGCCGCUACCGGGUGCAGGCGGGCAAGGUGUUGCUGAACAGCUUCGAACCUACCGAACAGACGAUCAACGUGCUCCGGUUCACGAUGCACCCACAGUACGACGGUUCGGCCAGCCCGUUCGACAUUGCGACCGUUCGGUUGGCAUCACCAUUCGGCUACAAUCAGUUCAUAACACCGAUCGUUUUGCCACCGAUUGAUUCCAUCCCGGAUGGUGUCGUAAAGAUUGCCGGCUGGGGUACCACCACGAACGGACUGCUACCGAGCAUGUCGGAUCAGCUGCAAAUGUUCCACGUCGGCAUCGUACCGAACGAUCAGUGUCAGAUCAUGAUGGGCGGGUCGAUCGGUGGCGGUCCAGUUACGGAGCGUAACGUCUGUCUGGGGCCGGCGACUGGUGGAAUUGGUGCCUGUACUGGUGAUGCGGGCGGUGCGGCCAUACAGCACAUAGCCGGGUUUGAUACGAUCGUCGGUAUCAUCUCGUGGCAGGUAUCACCCUGUGGACAACCGGGCAUUCCCAGCAUCACGACACGCGUAUCGGCAUUUAUCGAAUGGAUUAACCUGAACUCACAGAUUUAA